GUCCACAUUCAUUGGCGCGAAGAUGUCGCAAACGGCAGGGAAGCGCGACUGGGAUCCUUCGAUGGAGCCUCUGAUGAAGUUGUUGAUGAGCAAGAAAGGUGUGAAUAACCGCACUGCGACUGAGGUCGGCAAGAAGGUUGUGACCAUUAUUCGAGGCAAGGAGCUCACGGAGUUCCUCCUCAAGAACGGAACAAUCCUCAAGAAAAGGUGCCCGGAUGCCUUGAAGAAGUGUUUAGAUGGGAAGGCCCCAGAAACCGAAGCAGAGAAUGCCAAGCUCGUCAUCCCCCUCAUCACUGGAGGCUUCAUGUUCCGCUGUGUCGAUGCUACUAUCCAAGCCACGGACAAGCCGUCGGGCAGUACUGAGCGUCGUCGUCGGAAGUGGCCUGACAGGGUAGCUCGAGUGGCGCCACAGCAUCAGGGUUAUGAUCCUAAGGGGCUUUAUAUUGUGGAGUGGGAGGGGUCCAAGACGAUGCAGUAUGUACUUCUGGGAGUUGUCAUUACCGCUGUGCUUUUGAUGUGUCUUUUCCCAGUAUGGCCGAUGUGGGCUAAGCUUGGGGUCUGGUACUUGACAGUGGCCUUCUCGACUUUCAUGACUGUAUUGUUGGUCGUUCGCAUGGUCUGUUAUGUCGCACUGUGGGCGUUUGGUGCCGACUUUUGGAUUUUCCCUAAUCUUCUUGAUGAGGAUCUCGGAGUGAUCGAGUCCUUCCAACCCGUGUACUCAUUUGCUUACCGCUCCGACGAUUGGCUGAUGAUUGUGUGCCGCGUCCUGUCGGUGGGCGUCAUCGCCAUCGCCUUGCAUCAGCUCAGCCAGACGCACUCCUUAUCCGAUAUUGGAGAGUUCGCCAAAGUACAAUUCCUGGACAUUGUGGAGUGGGGGGAAAAUAAACUACAGAAUGGUCCCGAGAUGAUGCAAAGAUUCCCCUCCCUAGAGCAAGUGAAACAGGAGACUGAGGUGGAAGGUGACAACGAGACUACUCGAGUCCAUACUGACUAUACGACUCAAGACAGCGGCGAGUAUGAAGAUAUUGAAGACGCCUUUGAAGCGGAGUAG